AACCCUUUUCGAAAUCUUGUUAAGCUUUUUCGAUAAGGCCUACUUAUUUACUUACGUUACCAUUUUUUUGAGAACCAGAACUGGACUCAACAGAACCGGUUCUUUAAAUACUCGGAACCGCACAUCACUAAAUAGUACUAGUGGCCACCUGUGAGGCUACUUUAGAAACAAAAUUAAACAUUUUUUUGGAGCCUUCGUCUGUUGCAAUUCCCUAGAGAAUAUUUCUUUAGUUUGAUAGUUCUACUUUUCUUGAUUAUUAACGUAGCAUCGCUGUGGUACGUGCGGAGAACUGUAUGCCUGCUUAACUGCCCCAGAGUUGGAACAUUUUAGUAUUCUUUGGAGCUCCGAACUCGUCUUUCAUAACAUAAAUCAGUGUGCGCUAGACUGUCUGUCUUUCUUCACUCACAUCACCUCAGGGGGUGAGUGGGCGGCAUGCAGCAGCUGGUAAGAAGACCACGGAUUGGACGAAACUUGACCGGAGGGUUGGGGAGAUGUCUUCUCCUAAGAGGUAUGCAUCCGGCUCUAGGACGGUUAGGAAGUUUAUCCUCGCAGAGGUCUCGAGGAACAAAACAGAAAGCUAGGGCUAGGUAUAUCGAAUGCUGUCAGGGAAUCUUCUUAAGCUACAUUUCAACUUCAAUGUUUCUGAAAAAUGAAAAUAAAGCUCUCACCGAUGCAUGUGCAUCACUAAUAUAAAUAAAUACCUACGGAUUUACCAACUCAUCCGCACGAUUUAACCAUACACUCCACUGCCGUGGCGCAUCUGAACCAAACGCUGCAUUCCUUUAGUACAUAUUUAUAUGUAUUUAUUAUGUGAUGAAACUCAGCGCGAUUUUAUUGCUGCUGUUUGCUUGGCUACUGAAAAACGUGUUGCGCAUGCGCAAAGCUGCUCUCAAGGCGUCAAGUUAGUGCAAUAUGCAGAGCGCUAACUGGCAAAGUGUAUUUGUUUUCGCAUAAACAUACAUAGUACAUACUACUAGGUACAUAUUCAUUGCGUUAAGGUACUAUGUAUGUAGAUAGGCAGUGAAUAAUUGCGCAUGCGCGCGCAUUUACAAAGAAAUCAUUGAGACGAUCAUAUUUAUCAGCGGCCACCAAUUUUUUUCUGUUUUCUGUUUAUGUACUUCUCUCACCUUGGUUAAAGUGGACGGCAUCGCCGACGACGAUCGUGCAUUUUGGGUCAGCCACCAUGCGCACAGCCAUCCAAACACUUGCUCUCAUGGGCCUACUCAGACGUACGAGUACUAUGUAUGUAUGUAUGUAUAUGCAGUUGUGAUGGCACUGGCGAUAGAUGGAUGACUUGCUACUGGCCAUCAGCAAUCUACCACCAUCAGCCCAUCAACAAUCGACGGAUAUUGAUCGCGUGUAUUUAUGGUGAUUUUUCGAUUGCAGAUUUUUUUGCCAAUCGCGCAUGCGUGCGUGCAGCGAUUGCUGCUGAAACAUUCUCUGAGAUUGAUGCCGAUGGUAAUGAAAUCGAAGUUAAGCGCUUCUACAUAGAGGGACGUCAAUUAAACGGUGGUCGUCGGCAAUGCGUGGAGCGACGUCGACGCAAACGCUCUUUCAACUAUGGCCAAACAGAAGAAAACGAUGGCAUUGAGACAGCUUCCUACACCUUGCCAUCGGGAAUAGACACCGCUGUCUCCAUUGAUGAAGAUAACGAUAUCAAGCCUGACGAACCCAUUGCUGUUGUUGGAGUACCCAUUGGUAAUGACAAAAAUACUAGACAACAGACGAAGCCCGUACAGAAUGUCAUUCCGACUGAAGAUGAGGAAAGCGAAGAAGAAGCCGUGCUCAGUUUGCCUGUUGUAGCACAAUUUACACACGCAAAUGGCGCUCAAUCAGCAGUGGGCGCCGCUUCUACUGGUGACAAUGGUAUCCUCAUUGUACAUGCGAACACUCCGCCUAAGGUUAAUCCCCAGACACAUGCGGUGUUUGAAUUGAGGCCCGUUGAGAAUGAUUACAUCGAUGGUGGAGAACUUACCGACGACGCAGACGAUGACUAUGAUGAGCUACUUUAUGAGGAAGAAGUUAGUCCAAUAAGCACCACAGGCAUUUGGUCAACUGGAGAUGAUAAUGCGCUACCUUAUAGCGGUGGUGAUAUUAACUACCCAGACGCUUUUGACGAGGGUGAGGUGGAAGGUGAUGGUGAGGAAUCUGCACCUGAGCCCCAAGAGCAGCCUGAGACGGAAGCUGAGCCCGCACCUGCACCCGAACCUGCUCCUGAACCUGCACCAGAACCUGAGCCGGAACCUGAAUCAGGUGCUGAAGCUGCGGCAAAACCAAAACCUAAGCCUUCUAAGAGACCAUCGAAAAGACCUUCAAAAAGGCCUUCGAAGAGACCAUCGAAAAGACCUUCAAAAAGGCCGUCGAAGAGACCAUCGAAAAGACCUUCAAAAAGGCCAUCGAAGAGACCAUCGAAAAGACCUUCAAAACAGCCAUCGAAAAGACCAUCUCAAAGGCCUUCUCAACAACGUCCCAACCAGAGACCUCUUCGACCUUCAAGUCAAAAUACUUCUCUUCGUCGCCGGAAGCAAAAUCUAAAGAAUCGCGAUAUAAAAGAAAAUCAGAUGGAUAACUUACAUAAUGUUGACAAAGGAACAAAUAGUUUUGAAGAAACCGAAACCUAUACCCGUACAGGCACACCUAACGAUGACAGAGAUGUCAAUUGCAUCAUCAUACACCAAAAAACUACGCCGCGACCAUUCUGGGGUCUGCUCGGGCGAAGUGCCGACGGUGAAGAAGAAGCCCCAAAGGAAAGCCCCUAUGGCAGGAGGAAGCGCAUUAACUUUAGUAUACCAGCUUAAGUUUUGAUGUUUGCAGUAUUUAAAUUUCAUCGCUAUAAUUAAUUUAUA